AUGACGAUAUCCUCACCCCGGCGCGUCGCCAUCCUUGGCGCGGGAGCGAGUGGUGUAUUUUCAGCUGCCCAUCUCAUUGCCUGCGGUAUCGAGGUUCAAGUGUUUGAGCGCAACGAUGCCUCUGGCGGCGUCUGGCUGUAUGAUGAGAGACCAUCCCUUCACCCACCUUUUCCUUCCAUGAAGCCAUCGCAGGCCGAUGCGCCGGGGCCGGGCCACAAUGAUGCCGAAGAUAUCGCUCUCCGACGUGCUCCGCCAGGGCCGUGCUAUCAGAAUCUCCGAACAAAUGUGCCCACACAGCUCAUGGCGGUUUCGCUGCUCGGCAUGCCGCUGUCUACCCCCGAAUACGUAUCGCAUGAGAGAGUUCUUGAAUACAUUCAGAACAUCGCUUUCAAACAUGGCGUCCACAGUGCCACAGUCUACGGUGCGCGGGUGGAGGAGGUCAGCAAGGUCAACGAGAAAUGGGUCGUGACAUGGACGACAGAGCCGAAACCCCAUGAAAACGGCCUCAUGGAGGUGGAGCAUCAGUCGUCCUUUGACGCAGUGGUGGUAGCGACGGGUCACUACCACGCCCCUCGUGUCCCUGACAUGCCCGGCCUCUCGAGAACCAGGGAGCUUCAUCCGUCUCGAGUCAUGCACUCGAAGCAAUACAGACGCCCCGAGCGCUUCUGCGAUAAAGUUAUUCUCAUGAUUGGCGGAGGCGUGUCCUCGGUCGAUAUUGCCAAAGACAUGACCGCGGCACGACACAUAUACCAAAGCACGAGAAACAGCGGAUUUGACCUAGACCCUCGAAUGCUGCCCAAAAACGCAAGUCGCGUGGCCGAGGUUGUCUCUCUGCAAGUCGACGACACCGACCAUGUUCUUGGCGACGACGAGCCACUGCCAGUGUCGGCCACAAUGUCCGACGGGCAAGUUCUGCGUGGCCUAGAUUUUAUAGUAUGCUGUACCGGCUAUCACAUCAGCCUUCCUUUCUUUCCGCAUCACCACGACGACAACAUGCGGCUCCAGGAUGCCAACGAUGUCAUCUUGGUGACGGACGGCACCCAAGUGCACAACCUCCACAAGGACAUCUUCUAUAUUCCUGACCCAACGCUGGCCUUUGCCGGGCUUCCCACCUACACCUUUACGCAUUCCGUGUUUGACUUUCAGGCAAUCACCAUCGCUCAAGUCUUCUCUGGUGUUGUCGACCUGCCAAAACAGACUGACAUGCGGGCGGAAUACGAGGACAAGGUAAAACAGGUCGGUCUGGGUAAACAGUUCCACUCUCUUCUUAGCAAGGAAGAGGUUUACGUAAAUGACCUUGUUUUGUGGAUGAACAAGGCGAGAACUGGUCGCGGCCUGGUCCCAAUUGAUGGAUUUUCCGCAAAUUGGUUUGCAGCAAAGGAGCAACUCCGGAAGCGGUACAAGGAGCAGUCAAGAACUGGAGAAUUCUCCUGA